AGCCAUACAAGGAGCAAGGACAUCUCCAAGGUUGUUCACCCAAGCGUAAGUGUGGAGUGGACGGCUCAGAUCGCAUGGUCCGGAGAGUGGGGAUCUUUCGCUAGUCGCUGCCACUACUACUUGCAGGAGCGGGAAAAACAGUCUGAAAAUUGAAACGCCAAAAGAAGGGAAGAAAGAUGAGAGGCACAAGCCGUGGGCGAGUCAGGGAGUCGUUCAACCCACGCCCACCACCGGCAACGCCGCUGGACCACUUCCGCCACCAACGGGACUCCGAUGCCAGCUUCGCAAGCAGCCGCCCUUCCUCGGUGGGCAUGGGUCCCACCACCACCGCCCUCGACCUGUACAAAGACCGCUCCUUCCAGCAGUCCACCGUCUCCGCCAUCAAUUCCUACCUGUCCUCCCACUCCCUCCAAUUCUCCCUCAAAUUCCCGAUCCCCUCCGCCAGGGAAAUCACCGAAACCCUAAAAUUCCUCCUCGCCCGCCUCGACUACCCUUCCCCCAAGCUGGAGGACGACCUCCCCCUCCUCCUCAAAUUCCUGAAAUGCCCCUUCAAGCCCAACAAGGCCAUGCUCCGAAACCCCACCGUCAACGCCCACCAGUGGCCCACUCUGCUCGCUGUCAUCCACUGGGUCUUCCAGAUUGUGCUCUACACCGACCAUCUCGCCACCGAUUCCCGGGCCUUCGUCGAGAACAAUGCCAUGUCUGAGUACGCCCUGGAGAGUUACUUGCAUUAUAUACACGGGGACGAUGACGCCGUGGAGGCCUUGGACCGAGAUUUCUUGGACAAGUUGGAUAGGGAGAAAGAGAAUGCGGAGGAGAAUGUUAGGGUAUUGGAGGCAACCGCCACGGAGCUGCAGGGAAGGGUGGAGAUGAUGCGGUCGGAGCCCUCCAGGAGGGAGGCGCUGGAGAAGGAGAGGGGUUUGUUGGAGGGGGAUGUGGUCAAGUUCAAUGAAAUCAUAGGGAAUCUGGAGAAGAGUAUCGCAAAUUUGGAGGCGGUGAUGGAGGGGAGAGAGAAGGAAUUGGAGGCCAAAGUGGUGGAUAAUAAGAGGAUUUGCCAAGAGAAUGCGGAGUUGAAGAAUAGGGUGGAAUUGCAGACCUUCAAUGCCAGGGAUGUGGAUAGAAUGAAGAGGGAAUUGCAGGCAGUAGAGAGGGAUAUUGGGGAAGCCGAGCUCGAAAGGAAUGCGUGGGAGGAGAAGGCUUGGGAACUUGAUACCAUGCUUAACCAUAAGUUUAAGGACCUUGAGGCUGUGGCCAUGGACUGCAACCAGGCUAUGAGGAGGUUGAAACUUGGUAAUGGAUUUCAGUAUGGAUUGAAUGCUAAGGGAUCAACACCAGCUGAGGUUAUGGGGAUUGACUACAAAUCAACAUUAAAGCCUUCACUUGACUCCUACUUAGACGAUAUAAAGAAAAGCUCUGUGGAUAAACUGGAAGAGUUGAUAUCCCUUCAGAAACAGUCAAGUGAACUUUCUGCUCAGAUUGAGGGCAAACGCAAUUAUAUAGCGACGCUUCAAUCUCAUAUCGAUGAAGUUGAAGCUCAACUGAACUUGUUGAAGAAAGAGACACAGGAAUACACUUCUAGAUGUGCAGCCGAAGCUAGAAACUUGAUGGAAGAUGUUCAGAGGGAGACUCAUAACUUGAAUACUGUGGAAAGAGAAGCAGACGAGAUUCUGAAGACCUCCAAACUGAAACUGCAGGAUGCAAUCAAACAAACUGAAGAAGAAACCCAAAAGUGCGCUUAUGAACUCAUGGCAGUAGCUGACUCAGUCUCGAAGUACAAAGAAUAUGUGCAGUCUAAGAUUUUUGAAAUGAAGAGAGAUGUCUCGGAAACAGCUGUUGCUGUAUCAGACACUCACAAAAGUUGCUUGGAAUCACAAUUUGGUUUUCUGUACGGUGCAAACCAGCAAUCAGAAACAGCACUCCAAUAGGCUUUCAUACUCGAUUCACCGUCCUGCUGCUUACUGGUUUUAAACUAUCAUGCUGAAAGUGCCGUUAUUUCAUCUGAUGGGUAAUUAACUGCCAUCUUAAUUUAUCUUUUGAUUUUUGUUUGUUACUGUUUUGAUUAGUUCUACUAAUCAGAUGGUAUCCUAAGUUUCUUAGGUUGAAGAGUUUCCAAACGAGUAUUGUAUGAGAGCCAUAUUUAUACUAUGUACAAAGUUUAUGCCAUUUUAUGUAACCAUAUACUUUAGCAAAUCGGAAA